UCAAAGGCAACAGAGCACUUUAAAGCAAAAUAAAAUGCUCGACGCCUUAUCAAGGCUGCUCUCGAUCAUUGGGCUUUACGCACUUGGUUGUUAUCUCUACGAACAGCUGAGAGCGCCAUACCGACUACUCAAAAUUCGUUGGUUGUCCGAUCCCCAGAAAAGACUCAGUCUCAAAGAGCGUUUUGGCUCAUGGGCUGCCAUAACCGGGAGUAGUGAUGGCAUUGGCAAGGAGUAUGCCAAGGAACUGGCCAGACAAGGCAUCAAUGUGGUUCUGAUAGCUCGGAAUGAGGAGAAACUACAAAAGGUGGCAAACGAAAUCGAAAAUGAAUUUAAGGUGGAAACUAAAAUUAUUAUAACUGAUUUUGCCAAAGGUUCAGAGGUGUAUGAGAAAUUGGAAAACGAAUUGGACCAAUUGCCUAUUGGCAUAUUUGUCAACAAUGUUGGCAUGGGCUUGCCUGGUUUGGUUUGCGAAUGGACUCGUCAGGAUACUUUGGAAAUUCUAAACACCAAUGUGGUAGCUGUAUCCGAACUUUCACGCUACUUUUUCCAUCGCAUGAAGGUGGCCAAAAUCAAGGGAGCCAUUGUGAAUGUUAGCUCUGGAACGGAACAUCAACCAAUACCGAAUAUUGCUUUCUAUGCUGCCACUAAAGCAUAUACCAGAAGCUUUACAUUGGCCCUUCAAUUAGAGGCAGCUCUUUAUGGAAUUCAGGUUCAAUUGUUGUCGCCCAAUUUUGUGGUAACCAAAAUCAACAGCUACUCCAAGCGCAUUAUGAGAGGUGGACUAUUGAUACCCUCCGCGCAGGAAUAUGCCCGCAGUGCAGUCAAUCAAUUAAAGGAUGGAGUUGAUUAUACACCUGGUUACAUUUGGCAUCAUGUGCAGAAUGCUGCAAGUGCCUUGAUACCCUGGCGUUUGAGAAGUAGAGUAGCUUUAAAAAUUUUUGCUGAUCGAAAUACUAAAACCAAAUAGUUUGCCCACUUUUAGGCGGUUCGAGACUUUGCUAAGCGAAAACUUUUCGCCUUAAAAAUCCAAAAAGCUUUCAAAAACUUUACAAAGAAUAA